GGAGGUGUUGGGAGGCGGCAAGCGUGAGGCGGAGGAGCGGGCGAAGCAGCUGGCGGCGGACCUGGGGGCGCUGCGGAAGACGCUGGCGGACAAGGAGGCGCAGGUGGAGUCGCUGCGCUUCUCCAGCGAGGCUGCCCAGGAGGCCGCAGCGCAGGCGGCUCAGCAGCAGCAGCAGGCGGAGCAGGAGCGGCAGGAGGCGCUCAAGGCGUGGGCGGCGGCUGCGGAGAAGCACAAGACGGAGCUCACCCGGGUCCAGUCCGAGUUCGAGCGCCGGGAGAAGGUGGAGGUGGCGGCGCUGCGACGGGAGGUGGAGAGCUUGAGAGAGAAGCUGGCGGAUAAGGAGCAGCGGUUGGCAGUGAAGCCCAAGAUGGCUGAGCUGCAGUACCGCCUCAACGAGCUGGCCGCGCAGCUGGCGGACGUCACCAGCGAGCGGGAUGCGGCGGUGGCGGAGAGCAACCAGACGGCACAGAUGUUGCAAGAUGAGCAAGAGGCGCACUUUGACACGGACGGUCGCCGCGUACGGCUGGGUGAGGAGGUGGAGAGGCUGCGAGGCAUCCUGAAAAUGUACCACAUACCCUUCUAGUAGGUAGGGCUACUCCCUACGACGGUUUGUGUACACUUUCACCCAGGAGGAGCAAUCUCAGGAUGCUACUCGUCCUACCUGCUCGCCCGUCUCUGUGACCCUCUUCAAGACCUCAUGCCUGGAACCGAAAGGGGCCUCAGGGCAUACAUCUGUUACCACGCGCAAGUAUUGACGACAUGCUUCCAAGCGCGAGCCGGGGAAUUUGCAGCACAGUAAAGAUUCGAACCUGUAUGCGUUUGAGGUGCUGCCGAUCGCGGUUUCCUUUCCUGACUUGGCUUGGCCCCGGUGCAGGGGCCUGAGUCGCCUGUUUAGGAAGAUAUUGAAUGCUGCUCUGGGUACGAAACGGAUGAACCGACUGUCCGCUAUGUGUCGUUGGCAGUUGGGAGUUACGUGCAGACGAGUGGGAUGCACUGGAUAAUGUGGUUUGGUAUGUUCGUGGUGGUGGGUGGUGCAUGCGUGUUUUCUCGAGUGCAUUGGGGCGUGCAUGCGUCAGUCAGCCGGACGACACCCGUGGUACGGCGUCUGUGGGUUAUUAACGUGUCAUGCCCUGAUGCAGCGUGUGUACUAGUCGAUGGAGGGAGAUGGGGGUACUGCCGUUGAAAGCGGGGUUUUGUCAUUGGGAUCCGUUGCACAAGGCUGAGCAAGAUGAGCAUGCAGAGACGUCCUGCGCGUGCGGAUCGCGCUGAAGACUCUCCUUUGGCCUUGGCCAGAGGUUGAACUGACCGAUCCUAAAGAGGCAGAAAGGUGGUGUUGUGUACAUGCUGUGUUUAUGGGAGACCGUUGCGUUCCACCCAACCUUAACGGUCGGCGUACGACAAUUGACUCUGUUUGACUACAUGCUGAACGACAGAGGACUAACCGUACAUGCUGGUGUGCCUCUGUUCGCACCACCUGGCGUUUGCGGGCGUGCAUUUGACGUCGGAUGCGGUUGUGAUUACCCUGAUAACCUCCCUCGUUAGUCGGCGCUGCGUUUAAGCGCUGCUGCUGCUGGUUGGAGGGUAGAGAAGGUCGGUUUAGUGGCAUGUGUCCACUUCGUAUGAACGGGUACGAACCCAUGUAAGAAGGCUCUCACAGGUACCUGUAUGAGAAGAGGCUUGGGGCAGUAGGCUGGCUGUUGACCCACGUACACCAUUACGGACAUGACCCACGAGGGUAUGUGGAGGUUCGAUGCCGUUACAGAGGGAAC